UUAUUGCUUUUGCACAUUCAUUGCACCUUUUGUUAAGACCAACAACAAAAUAUUCAUAUGACCAACCGAGUUAUAAUGACGAUAUUAAUAAUCCAUGGAAUCUUGUUACAAGAUAUAAAUCAAUUUCAUCUAAUGGUGUUAUUGGUAAUGAGUCUUUUAUUGAAACACCAAGUGCAAAUACAAAUUUAUUUUCUGUAUUCAAUACUGCAAUUAUUGCAGUUUAUUUUAUGUUAACAGGUAUAGUAUUAUUUAAAUAUUAA